AUGGAUCAGCACCAGUACAGGCUGCAUCAACAGCACCUGCAACAACAGCAGCAACAACAGCAGCAACAACGGCAGCAGCACCUCCAGCAGCAGCAGCAGCAGCAGCAGCAGCAGACACAACAACAACACCUACAUCACCAACAACAGCUCCAACAGCAGCCACAUGUACAACAACAACACCCCCCACAACAACAACAGCAGCAACAACAGCAGCAGCAGCAACACCUACACCAACAAUAUCAAAGACACCAUAUCCUCCACUCAGACCAGCAUGGAAUGCCACUCUCCAGUCCACAAGAUCACCCCCAACUCUCCCUCAGCGGUCUCCCUCCUUUCCAUCAUCGCACCCCUGCCACGGGUAUGGUCAACAUGAACAACAACCCCGCCACCAUGGUCAUGCAGUCCGCCAUUCACUCACCCGGAGCACCCCUGUCGCCUCGGACACCUGGCCUUCCCGGCUCCCCGAUAGGAUCACAGCAGGCCCAAGGGAUAGGAUUUGGACCGCCUGGAGGAGGAGGAGGGAUGCCUUCGCCCGUAGGACCUCCGCCUUAUAAAACCUCGACAGCUGCAUUGUUGCAACAACAACGACAGCAACAAUUGCUCCAACAACAAGCACAACAACAAGCACAGCAAGCCCAACAGGCUCACCAACAGCAAUUGUUGCAGCAACAAUUACAGCAGCAGCAGCUCCAACAACAACAAUUGCAGCAGCAGCAAGCCCAGCAGCACCAACUGCAGUUGCAAGCCCAGCAGCAACAACAACAGCAGUUACAACAACAGCAGCAGCAACAGUUACAGCAGCAGCAUAUACAACAACAGCAACAACAACAACAACACUUACAAUCCCCUCGGCCAUUGGUGCCCCCCAACACAACACAGUCGCCACAACAAGCUGCUCUGCACAGGUCAUCGAUCCCGAGCCCGAGCUCGGCCCCCCAAACCCAUACCAGUCAUCCGAUUCCUCUCAGUAAUAUUAUCACCACAGGACCACCUCCAUCGUCCAUUCCCGCCGUGCAAUCAUCGCCUGUUUCACCGACUGAUCCGAAGCCCACAUCUCUCCAACUCUUACGACAGCGCCAGCAAGAGCUCGAGUUGCAGCGGAAAAAGGAUCUUGAGCUUCGGAAGCAACGGGAAUUGGAAGAACAGAAGCAGCGGGAGCUGGAAGAACAGCGCCAACGCGAGUUGGAGGAGCAAAAGAAACGCGAGUUGGAGGAACAGAGAUUGCGAGACAUCGAGGAGCAGAAGCUGCGUGAGAUCGAGGAGCAACGGUUACGCGAGCUGGAAGAACAAAAACAACGCGAGCUGGAAGAGCAACGGCAGCGAGAGAUCGAGGAUCAAAGACUACGCGAGGCUGAGGAACAGAGAUUGCGAGAGAUCGAGGAGCAGAGGCUGCAUGAGAUCGAGGAGCAGCGCAAGAGAGAGUCCGAGGAGCAGCGUCAGAGAGAGUUUGAGGAACAGCGCCAGAGAGAGUUCGAGGAGCAGCGUCAGAGGGAAUUCGAGGAGCAGCGCAAGAGAGAGUUUGAGGAGCAACGCCUGAGAGAGUUCGAUGACCCACGGCAGAGAGAUUUUGAAGAUCAACGGCAGCACGAUCUCGAACAGCAACGGCAACGCGAACUCGAGCAGCUGAGGCAACGGGAUCUUGAGCUACAAAGACAGCGAGAACUAGAGAAGCAACGAUUGGCAGAGUUACAUCGACAGCAGCAACUCGAACUCGAACAACGACACCAAAUGGAAGAGCAAAGGCAACGUGAGGAGGAUGAACGGCGCCAGCGUGAGUUUGAGCAGAAACGACGCCAGCAGUCGGAGCAACAUCAGACGGAUCACCAGCAUCAGCCAUUACAUCGCCUCAACCCACCACAUACCAUGGACACCGCACAAUCGGAUCAAGCGUACUCCACAGAUCCCUACCAUCAGCACUAUCAGCCCCCGAUGCAGUCUAGCCAUCAGUCAUCAAACUUGUAUGGAUCGAAUGACCCCAAUACGGAGACAAGGACGCCACACAGUCAACAGCAGGACGAGAGAGACAUGCCUCCCCAGGAAUACCAGCCUCAACCAUCCUCGACUGUUCAUUACAUGGAGACUGACACUGAUAAUGGGGCUCCGAGCAUCACUGCCAUCAAGGUGGAGGAACAGUCAGCCAUGGUACAGAGCACGGCACAACCGAAGAUCCUCCCUCAUCCACACCCAUCACCGCAGCAGCAAUUUCAGCAUCAUCAGCCAGAACCUCCACAACUGCAGCCAAUGGCGGCGCCAAUGCUGACGCCACAACUGCCGCUGGAUGAUAAACCAGUCCAUGAUGCGCCCAUCGGACCAAGCCAGAUCUUCAAAGCGACAUACUCUGGCGUUCCAGUUUAUGAGAUGAUUUGCAAAGGCGUGGCAGUCAUGAGGCGACGAUCGGACUCGUAUUUGAAUGCAACACAGAUCCUCAAGGUGGCGGACUUUGACAAACCUCAGCGUACACGCAUCCUGGAGCGGGAGGUUCAGAAGGGCGAGCACGAGAAGGUCCAAGGAGGAUACGGAAAAUACCAAGGCACAUGGGUCCCGUAUGAACGAGGACUUCAGCUUUGUCAGGAAUACAACGUCGUCUAUCUUCUUCAACCGAUAUUGGAGUAUCAGGCCACAAAGACGAGUCCACCCUUGGCGCCAAAACAUAUCACUGCCGCUUCGAAUCGGCCACGGAAACCACGAGAGCCUCGCCCUGUAGGAUCGACGCCAGUGGGGACACCCAAGAUGAAGAAAUCAAAGAUAGACAUUGCAACUCAAAUCCUGCCCAAGCCAAUGGACCUAAUCAUAGGACUUCCAGAAGAAACCUCUACUCCGUUUGAAGAAGGCGAUACCGGAACAGCACUAUCAGGAACAGAAGGCGACGAGGAUGCGGCUGAGGACAUGACCGGAACGUCUGAUGAUGGUGGCGAAGAUAGUGACGUGAGUAUGGACGACACGAUGAGUCUGUUGUCAGAUCGUAGCUUGAGCCAAAGCAUGACUCCCUCACCAACCCGAUCGCACGACGACCUUUCUACCGACGAUGCUUCAGACAAGGAGAGCCACUCAUCCUAUUCGUCAGAAUCACCUUCAACAUCCCCCUCAGCCAAGGCCCGUCACAUGUCGCCCAACUCACGCAAGAAGCAUCGACGAUCUGGUGAUGAACUCUUUCACGGAAGCGAGGACCAACUCCCAACCACACCUCAGAGGAAACGGAGAACUCGACGAGACGGAACUAUGGACGGCGAUCUGGAAGGCAGCUCUCAAGCAGAGGACGAGGGCAACAAUGACGACCGGGAGGGCUCCUUUCUGCGGGAUAACUCUCCUAGCGUCAACGGCAAGGAGGCUCGGAGAUCGAACUCGCGCACACGGGCUUCGGAUCAGGAUCAGGAUCAGGAUGACCGCAAGUCGACCACGUCCUCAAUUGUGACAGCCACAGCUACCUUAACCGCCUCUGGUGAUAUCCUCGCCCGCGGUCCUCAUGCCGAGAUGCUGUUGGAGUACUUCAUCUCGGAUUCUCCAGGUCUUCCUACUCUUCUCACCCAACCACCAUCGGAUUUGGACGUGAAUGUUGUGAUCGAUGAGGAGGGACACACAGCACUCCACUGGGCGGCAGCGAUGGCGAAACCGGAUGUGAUCAGGCUACUGAUCCAGCUUGGCGCCGACACCUAUCGGGUCAACACGGACGGACAGACGGCGCUCAUGCGGAGUGUGCUCUUUAGCAACAAUUUUGAGCAAAAAGAGUUUGUUACUCUGCUUGAGCUUUUGCAAAAGUCCAUCUUUACGAUCGACAAGGACGACCAGACUGUAUUCCACCAUGUGGCGAUCACGGCUGGCCAGCGAGGCAAGAUUCACGCAGCACGGUACUACCUCGAAUGUCUACUCGCCAAGUUGGCCAAUCACCCAUCCGAGUUGGCGUCGAUUAUCAAUGUGCAGGACCGGGAGGGCGAUACUGCGCUGACGAUUGCGGCGAGACUCAAAGUUGGUGGCAAGAAGGUGGUCAAGAUGCUGCUGGAUGCAGGUGCGGAUGCCAAGAUUCGGAACCAUCUGGGCAAGAACGCCGAGGAUUAUAUUGAGGAGACCGAGCAGGCGAUUACUUCAGCUGUUGCAUCCACGGCAUCAGCGGCAGCGGCAGCGGCAGCAGCAUCAGUCAACACGAACGGAAGUACCAAUGGACAUGAUGCAACUGCUGCAACGGCACUUGGAGCUUCUCCUGCUGGACCAGGAGCUACAACAAAGGCGGCGGUGAGUCCGAACGGUGCUGCUCCUCCAGCAAAUGGAGUACAAGCCACGGUGCCAAGCCUACCAGAAGAGUCAAAGACGCAAAGUCGGUACCCGACUCAAGUUCAGGAUUUCCGUGCAGAAAAGUCCUCCAUCGGCCACCCAACAGCUGGAAUGGCUGGUGCCGGCCGCAAGGCCACACCAGGUGCUCAUCUCCAGCAGCAACAACAGCAACAUUCGUCAUCGGCCUCCAGCAGUCUCUAUAAGCAACUUCAGGAAGCCAACUCCAAAUCUGGACCUCCCGCCAACACCGCCACCACCACGACCGCCAUGCCACCGCCUACUUCAUUGCCAAAUGGACAGUCUUUGACGGCGUCGACUCGGAACGUGGUGAUCCCGACAGUGAGCGACUUGUUUGGGCAGCUGACGCACUCGUACGAGAAGGAUAUCUUUGAGAAGGACCAGGAUAUUGUCGAGGCGCGCAACCUGCUCCAGGGUAUGCAGUCCGAGAUUUGGGAAGGUCGUCGGACGAUUCUGGAGUUGAAGUCUACGGCGUCGAUGUUGAAGAAGGCCGAGGAGGAGAUUCGAGAACUGGAGAAGAAGAUCAAGCAGGAGGUUCAUAUCCGACAGCGACUGCGGCUGGAGGAAUUGAUUCACGAGCAGGAGGAGGAGGAGGAGGAAGGGCUCAAGCACAAGCAACCGGUGAAUGGUGUUCUUGAGGUGAAGGGACAUGAUGACAUGGAUGUAGAGAAGGAGGCGGAGAAGAAGGGAGUCGUAACCGAGGCACAGCCGCAAGGAAACGAAUCGACAACACAAGCGGUUUUUGAUGGACUGAAUGGAGAGGCGAAGGAAUUCAUGCCCUCUACGACCAAAGGAUCGGAGACUACGGACGCGCCUGUUCCGAACGCCACUACUGAGAUGGAGGCAACUACCACCAAGGCGACAUUACCAGCAGCGCCUUUGAGUGACCAUCCAGAAAGGGUACAACAACCAUUGAAGAAUGAGGCGGAGACAUUGCGGACGAAAUUGGAGGAACUGCAGAAGAAGCGCAAGGAAAGGGUGGACGAAAUGGUGGCGCUGAAGAGUCAGCAGGGAACGCGACGACACGAGUACCAGCGAUUGAUUGCACUUUGCUGUAAUGUUUCUAUGGACCAGGUCGAUGGGCUUUUGCAGCCCCUUUUGACGUCUCUUGGCGAGGAUGUUUGA